AUGGCCUCUUGCGACAUUCCAGUUCAUCUAGGCAGCGCAGCGCUUUCGAGAUGCCGCCAUGACGAUGAUGAUCGAGGACCGGCGGGGAGCUUCUCGUCCAGCAACACAGCGGGUUCAUCAGCAAAGUUGGCGGCAAGAGGUCGACACGACGAGCGCUCGGUGUCCGAAUCACCUCCUGGCUUCGGUAUAGAAAGAGACGACGAUGACGAUCAGGUUGCCGUUGCCAGGCGCUUUCCGACGGCACAAGACGACGUGAGCAGCAGCGCGAAGACGUCCGGCAACAUCACCCGACUGACCGAUCAUGCCAACGGCAAUUUUCGAAGCCACACGGGCUGCAUGGCCGGAGAUAGUGGUAACGAUAGUCAGGCCGUCAGCGCAAUGGCGCUCCUAUUGCUUGCGGCUUCGCCUCCUUCGCGAAGAAGGCGUCCCGCGGCGUCCGGGCAGGCCGGAGACGCUGUCUCCCCUAGAGGGGAGCGGUGGGCGAGGAAUGUCCCCUGCAGUGGCGACGAGUUUGGUUCAGUCGUCAUGUCCGAAGGAACAGCAGGUCAACAAUCCUUCUCGAAGCACAGCCAUGAAUUUCCGGGCGACGGUGUCGACGACGGUUCUUACCGGAGCCGCUACGCUGCAUCGCCCCUAACAUCACCUCAGGUGGGCGGUGGCGGCAGCGGCGGCGGUGGCCACCAGUACGGUGACGAUCGUGGUGAAGGGCGAAGGGUAGCUUCUACCUACACGAGGGGCGGCGACCUGUUGCGGGUUCAGUCAGCGUGGCGGCGGGACGAAGCAACUAUGACAGCCCCAGUGCCCAUGCGCAUGCGCAGCCCGCUGAGAUCCCCGUCGCCGCCGAGAGCAGCCGGGAGGAAGAAGCCGAACGGCUACCGCACUAACACGUGGGAAACAGCAGGCCGAGGGCAGAGCGCGUUUCCCAUCGGCCCAAGCCGCGGCAGUGGCUGGAGCAAGCGGUGGGUUCCCGACAGCCCGGGUGCCGGUUGCAAGGCCGGUGGUACACCAGCGUCGAACGGCAAAAGAGGCCGCGGAAGGGACACUGGCAGCGCCAGCGGCUACGAUGGACGAAUCGUCGCUCGUCGAGGAGACCACGCAGAGUCUUUCCCCGAUGGUGCCGGCUCGUACCAACGGCAGCAGCCAUCGAGGGUACGCGAGCACGGCCGGUCACCGUGGCCCCUGAAGAUACCGGGUAUCGCCGCCGAUCAACAAGUCGAUGCCACCACCGAGCAAGAGGUCCAGAAACGAGAGGAGGUAGAGCCUGCUCUCGCCACUGGGGCCGCCGCCUGCGGUGGGCAAUGGAGAAACGAACGCGAUGGGGCCAAGGAGGCCGCGGCGGCGCUUGGAAGCGGCGAACCUCGACCUUUGAAGAGGCGACGGGCCGUCGGCACUCGAAAGGUCGCGGGGAGCCGGCGACCUUUGGCGAUGGACUUGAACAUGGAAGGUACCGGUGAGGCUUUCGACGUCGCGGCCCCGGCAAGGAACAGAGGUGUCGCCACGGCUGCCUCCGGUCGGCCCUCUCCCCGGAAGAAGAGCAAGAACCUCGUGUGGUCUCAGUUCAGGAAGGCGUGCGACCGCUGCACAGACAAGAAGGUGCGAUGCGACGGAAGCAACCCUACCGGAGGGUUCAAGGCCUGCACGCCUUGCAAGAGGGCGGGAGAGGCGUGUAUCUUCGGGAUCUGCCGUCGCUCGGGACCCAGGGACGAGCACGGACACAAGACAGCCGCCGCGGGCGUCAUCAUGAAGAGGAACGACUUCGAGAAGGUUACCGAACGGCUCGGCCAGUGCCGCACGAAGACGUGCCGCUUCGUCAACAAGGACGGCUCCUUCUGGCGGGAGCACUUCCACUGCAGGGUCGGCGACUGCUCCUUCGCCGGGAAGACUUGUUAUUUGUCAAGCUUGUGCUAUUGCGUCCGCCGUUCGGGCUUUCGCGGUGCGGACUUCCGCUACACUGCUGGAGAUGAUUGUUCAGGCUGCUAG